AUGGCUGAAAUUGUUGCCGACGGCGGGCCCCUUCCCCACAUUCCUGACGACCUCACGAUCCCUCAGUUCAUCCUCGAUGCCCAUCACCCCGCGCGACCGGUGCUCAAGAACGUCCAGCCUUGGAUAGUCGAUGAUUUGUCGGGGCGCGAGUAUGGUUCGGAUGAGUUGCGCGCACGCACGCACGGGCUCGCGAAUGCCUUGAAGCUGCGUUGGAACAUCGGGGAAGAUGAUGUCGUCUGCAUCUUUGGGCCUAAUCACGUUGACUACCCUGUGGCUGUCUGGGCCGUGCACAGAUUAGGAGGUAUUAUAACCGGCGCAAAUCCAGCAUACACCGCGGAGGAGCUCGAGUACCAGCUCGGCGCCACUUCCGCACGCCUUCUCAUCGCGCAUCCGGGCUCGCUCCCAGUCGCGUUGGAUGCCGCAGCUCGCGCUGGACUCGCACCACAGCGCGUCGUGGUUUUCGAUCCUGUCCCGUCCUCAAAGCACACGGAUGUACAGGCGCUGAUCGCGGAAGGCAACAUGCGCGCACAGACGUUCAUCGAGCGCCGGCUGGCACCCGGAGAGGGACGCCAAAAGCUCGCUUUCUUGAGCUUCAGUAGCGGGACGACAGGGCGGCCGAAGGCGGUGAUGAUCCCGCACUACGCCGUGCUCGCAAACUGCAUCCAGAUGGCGCACUUUACGCAGGUGACGGACGAAAGCAAGCCGUUGGAGAUGCAGCGGUACCGCCCGGGGAGCAAAUGCCUGGCGAAUCUUCCCUUCUACCACAUUUAUGGACUUGUGGUCGUGCUGCACUUCAACUUGUUCAUUGGGACUACGGUCGUGGUCGUGCAGAAGUUCCAGUUUGAACAGAUGCUCGCGAGCAUACAGAGGUACCACAUCACGCAUCUUUACCUCGUGCCCCCAAUGAUUGUCCUUCUAUGCAAACACCCGGCAGUGAAGAACUACGACCUAUCUUCGGUCAUGCAGCUCAUGUGCGGCGCAGCACCGCUCUCCGCCGAGCUCACCGCGCACCUCACGCAGGUCCUGCCGCACUGCUGGAUCGGCCAGGGCUAUGGGAUGACCGAGACGUGCACCACGGUCAGCUUCCCACCGAUCGACCGCCAGUACGGCACCCCGGGCUCCGGUGGCCUCCUCCUCUGCGGCUGCACCGCGCGCGUCGCCAAACCCGACGGCACUGUCGCCGCGCUCGGUGAGCGGGGUGAGCUCGUGGUCAAGGCGCCGAGCGCCGCGCUCGGGUACAUGAACAAUGAGCAAGCGACCAAGGACACGUUCCAGGACGGCUGGGUGCGCACCGGGGACGAAGUGUACUUCAACGCGAACAAGGAAAUUUUCAUCGUCGACCGGAUCAAGGAGCUCAUCAAGGUCCGAGGCUUCCAGGUCGCGCCGGCGGAGCUCGAGGGCCACUUGCUCACGCACCCGGCGGUGGACGACGUGUGCGUGGUCGGCAUCCCGGACGAGUUCGCGGGCGAGGUGCCGCUCGCGUUCGUCGCGCCUUCGGCGGCAGCGGCGAAGGCUAUCAAGACGGGCGGGAAGCGUGCGGAGGAAAGGGCGCGCGCGGAGAUCAUGAAGCACGUCGCGGACCACAAGACAAAGUACAAGCAUUUGGUGGGCGUGGAGUUCGUGGAUGCGGUGCCGAAGAAUCCGAGCGGGAAGCUGCUGAGAAGGUUUUUGCGGGAGAAGGCGAAGGACAUGCAGAAGGCUGGGACGCUUUCGAUGAUGCAAACGGCGCGUGCGAGGCUGUAG